AUGACUAACAACAACGUGACCAAGGACCAGCAGAAGUCGCUGACGGAGGAAGUGCUAACUUGGAAGUCGAUGAGCGUCCAGCAAAAGUGCAACUUUCUCUUCAGCAGCAUAACAGUGGAGCCGAUGGUAGUGUGUUACAUAAUGCCGAGUGUCCUUGCCUCCCUCGCGACGCAAAAUCUCAACCUGGAGAAGGCCUGCAGAGUCAACCUGGGCUACUCCGACGACGUCUGCUCGGCCCUGGCCGCGAGAAACACCUCUAUCUACAGAGAAGAGGAGGCCCAGGUCCAGCAACUGGUCGCGGGGAUGCAAACCUGGAAGCUGGCCCUUCAGAGCGGACUCCCGAGCCUGCUGAUCCUCUUCCUCGGGGCCUGGAGCGACAGGACUGGCCACAGGAAGCCCUGCAUGCUCCUGCCGAUCGUCGGGGAGUUCCUCACCAGCGUGAGCCUCCUCGCGUGUACUUACUGGUUCUACGAGCUGCCCAUGGAGGUUGCUGCCCUCGCCGAGGCCUUCUGGCCAGCGGUUACCGGAGGAUGGUUCACCAUGCUCAUGGCCGUCUUCAGCUACGUCGGGGAUAUAACUACAGUAGAGUCCAGGACGCUCAGGAUUGGCACUGUUAAUCUUUUCCUCUCUGUGGGGAUUCCCAUUGGGAUGUCCCUCUCGGGGAUUCUUUACAUGAAGAUCGGGUUCUAUGGGGUCUUUGCUAUUUCUACUGUGUGCUAUGUUAUCAGUUUUGUCUAUGGGCUCAUGGUGGUUAAGGAAGUUCCUCGCCCGCCCAUGGCCAACCCGGAAAAUACUGGAGAGAAAAUGUCGCUUUGCAGAAGUGUCGCUGACUUUUUUGCCUUCCGGCAUAUUUCUGAGACUUUUAGGGUCGCGUUUAAAGAGGGCACGAAUAAUAGACAGAGGAGGAUUUGUGUUUUGAUGAUUGUUGUCAUGGUUGUUGUUGGACCUAUGUAUGGAGAGAUGGCUGUCAUGUAUCUCUUCACGCGUUACCGAUUCAACUGGAAUGAACUUAAGUUUAGCAUGUUCUACACUUACUCCAUGAUCACUAAUUUAAUUGGUACAAUGAUGUCCGUGGGAAUAUUCAGUCAUUUUUUAAAAAUAGACGACGCGCUUAUCGGAGUAAUGAGCUGCAUGAGCAAAAUUUUGGCGAGUUUCGUCUAUGCAUUUGCCACUGAAGACUGGGUCAUUUAUUUAGCUCCGCUGGUAGAAAUAAUAAAUGGAACAUCAUUCAUUGCAAUGCGGUCCAUAGCUUCAAAAUUAGUCCCAACAGACGAGCUCGGUAAAGUAAAUUCUUUAUUCGGAGUUUGUGAAUCACUGAUGCCUCUAGUAUACGGACCAAUUUAUUGUUCAGUGUAUGCAGCAACGAUGGACACAUUACCAGGAACAUUUUUUUUAUUCGGAGGCGCUUUAACGAUCCCCGCUGUAAUAUCAUUUUUGUGGCUGUACUUUGAGAACAGAAGGGAACGGGCGCUGAUGGAGCUCGAAAUGAGGAAGGAGAAGUUUGCUAAAGUUGAAGAACUGGGUGAUAAGGGUAUUAAGAUGAUUAUUAAUAGCGAUAACAAUAAAGAUUUUCAAAGGAAAAUUUCAAUUGCUAAUUCUGAUAAGCACAUUGAAGCUGCUGUCAAUGGUAUUGAUAAUCCUAAUUUUCUCUCCGAGCAUUUAUAA